AUGCUAACUCAGAAUCCCGGGAGCAGGGCUGCCCGGCUUCAGCGGUGGCCGGGGAUCGCUGCUUUGUUGGAAGUGGAGCGUGAGGGCCCAGGAGGGAAGGGACUAGGGCAGGCUCAGACCCUAGGGGAUGAGCUCGCUGCCCUGAGGCUGCAGGAGCUGGAACAGCAGGGACAGCCGCACCUCGCCCCCGUCUUCCCGUCUGCUUGCUGCCCCCCACCCUCCCGUUCCCGCAGAGGCAGCUAUUUCAGAAGAAGCAACAACGACGUUUCCAAUCCUGAUGUUUCCCUGCGGACCCGGCGACCGCGGCACCGGGAGGAGCGCCUCCCGCGCGACAGAGGCGAGGAAAGAUGUUCACAGAGGAUUGUGAUUUGUAGAUCGUUUGAUGGGCCUUGCAGCACUUCUCCCAGGCCUUGGGACCCUUCCCUUCAGGAGAACGUGCCAGAGGCACGUCUGCGUUCUGUCGCCCGCAGUGCCCCGGGCACUGUGAACUGCAGUGGAAAUGGCAGCGGCGCACGCAGCUCCCUGGCGUCGUCUACAGAAGCAGGUAACCUCGAGUCCUUGAGCCACCUACCCCAGAACUCCACUCCCACUAGAACCCAAGAGUCUGGGACCUCAAUCCUUGCUCUGCAAAGGACUCAGGAGUUCAGGACCCCACUCCUCUUCUCCUCACACCAAGGAGUUCACAUCCUGAGCCUCCUCCAACACCCAGGAAUCCGAGCCUUCAGCCUUUCCUUCCCCCGUCCUCAGGAUUCCCGGUACCCCACCCUAUUCUGGCUCCCAGACAGUUCUGAUCCGGAGUUGGAGGAAGUCUCCGUGGAGGAUGUUCCCGUCUCUCUCCCACCGUAUAAAGAGCCUCCAGGAACUCGAUGCAGAUGUUGGACAGCCCGCCAACAACCUGGGCAAAGAUUCCGAAGAGGAGAAAGAAAAGUUGGAGUCUGCAGCGACGAACUUCCUAACCGCGACCUACGAGGUGUCGGAAGGCGAGGGCGGCACUGGCAGCAGAGAUGUGGGGAGCGCAGCCCUCUGGUCAAUCCGCACCCCGGGCCCUGGGCUGGGCGAAAACAUGGAGGGUAUGUGCUGUGGCAGGCACCGUGGGGCUGCGCAGUACAGUGCUGCAUCAACUGCGACAAGCGCGUCGUAGAAGAGUUCAUGUUCCCUUAUUACUACCUCUACCUGGAGGCGGCCGGUGGCCGGCAGCACUUCCUCCUGCCUGGGUGAAAGAGGAGGAGGAGCAAAGCUGCUAAUGAGCUCAUCUCCCUGGACUCCGCGGCAAUGUCUCGGAAUGGGGACAACUUUGUAGGCAAAGCCAGAUCCAAUGUUUUGGGCACCAAGUUCACCACCUUCGACAACGGGGUGAAACCCGGCCGGAAGAAUUCCUUCCCAGAGACUGCCCGGAUCAGAGAGGAGCUGGGAGUUGUGUGUUAUGAGACCAACGUCUUGGGAUGGGAGCCUCGGAAAAUGACUGUGAUCCUCCCAGGAACUGACGGCCAGAACAAGAGAAUUAGCGUCCAGCCACAAAACAAACAGGAGUCACUACUGAGUCGCCUCCAACGGGGAGCUAGCCAGGGGCUGGUCCUGCUGCAAAACAGAGCCCCGUCGUGGAGCGACCAGGACUUCUACGUGCUCAGUUUUCAUGGUCGAGUCACUCUGGCCUCAGUCAAGAACUUCCAGAUAGUGAAUCCGGAUGACCCGGACUACCUGGUGCUCCAGUUUGGCCGCGUGGCCCCAGACGCUUUCACCAUGGACUUCCGCUUUCCGCUUUGCCUGCUCCAAGCCUUCGCCGUCUGCUUGUCCAGUUUCCAUGGGAAGCUGACGUGUAAGUGACUCAAUAAAAUACCGCACCCUCAACAGC